CAUCCCGAUCCGUGCUGAGUGCCAGUGAGACCAAAGUUAACCUUCACAAUGGGGAAGGUAAGGCUGUUUUUUAUGCUAUGCAUAUGUGGUGCCCCUGCAUUCCUCCAUAGAUUAUUCAAUAUUAUUAUAAUGAAUGAAUGAUUAUUCAAAAUCAAUAAAAGGGGAUGAGAUUAAUGAAAGGUAAUGUGUGCCUCUUAUCAGGAAUUUUUGUCUGCACAAUAAUUCUAAAUAAUUCUAAAUCCUGGGGCUCACUGCUGGGGAAGAUAUCUGGUGUUACACUAAAAAAACACCUCAACUGAUCUGUUUUUAGAUAAUUUUCUAUGAAGACAGGAACUUCCAGGGUCACUCUUAUGAGUGCGGUGGAGAAUGCUCUGACCUCCAUGCCCACUUCAGCCGCUGCAACUCCAUCAGGGUGGAGAGCGGCAACUGGAUGGUGUACGAGAGGCCCAGCUACAUGGGCUAUCAGUACUUCCUGAAGGAAGGCGAGUUCUCCGACUACCAGCGUUGGAUGGGCUUCAAUGACUGUGUCAGGUCCUGCCGCAUGAUCCCCCAGGUAAGCGACAGAUUAAGGAAGAGGUUAAAGAGAUACCGUUAACUCUGAAGUAUUGGAGGGACUCUAAAGUAUUACAGGGCCUUUUGGGCCUUUGUAGUUUGAUCCCAUGAAAUCAACUGCUGGACUCUGAGCAGCGGAGGCUGGUGGAGGGAGAAAUGGGGAGGACAGGCUCAUUAUCCUCCCCAUUUCUCCCUCCACCAGCCUCCACUGACUCUGUUGGACGUAUUCUACUGCUAAAUAGUACGAAUGUUUUCUGAGAUAGGCUAGACAUGAUUAUCAUCCCAAUAACGUUCCUCUCUGUCUCCACAGCAUCAGGGAUCUCACCGUAUGAGAAUCUUCGAGCGCUCUGAGUUCAGAGGACAGAUGAUGGAAUUGACGGACGACUGCCCCAACCUCUACGAGCGCUUCCAUUACAACGAUAUCUACUCCUGCAACCUGAUGGAGGGCUCCUGGCUUUUCUAUGAGCACCCCAACUACAGGGGGCGCCAGUACCUGCUGACCCCUGGAGAGUACAGGAGAUACAAUGAGUGGGGAAGCAUGAGCGCCAGGGUGGGCUCCAUCAGACGUAUUACUAUGUAAGAAGCUGAAUGUACGACUGUUGAAUGAAUGACCGUGGGAAAUCAUGUUGAAAUAAAUCCAUCCACACUAGCCGCCUUUUUUUCUCCUGCCUUUUGUAUUUUAAACCCCCAGAGACAUAAUGAAUAUGCAAAUGUUUCUGUUAGGUUGGUUGAACUUUAAAAACGUUUUUACCAUGAAUUAACACCCAUAUUACCAUGGUUUAAACGGAGUGAAACUGUGGAGUGAAACAACACCAAUCGACCUAGAAUAGGUUGCUACCCUAAAUACCUCACAUCAAAUGCUUGUAUUUAUUGGUUGCCAUCUUUUGUGUACGAGAGCACCAUUCAUACGAAUACAGGCUGUUUGCAACAAUCUGAGAAUUAUAUGACGUGAAGACCCUACAUAUUUUGCUUUGCACUCACAUUUGUGUAAUGUGUUACAGAUGUAGGAUCUUAAUU